CAACUUGAGAGAGAAAAUAGUAGUUAUAUAAAAAGCAAACCAAUGAAUUGUUAUUGUGGACCAAUGUGCAUAUUUAUUAUAGUAAUUUUGAUAUUUCCACUAUGUCUUAGGUUGUAUAGAAAGUUAUUUUUAGUGAAGUUUGCUGUUAAAAAUAAAGUGUCUCUUGUCGGAAAAACAGUUAUAGUUACAGGCGCAAAUACAGGAAUUGGUUACCAAACAGCAUUAGAGUGCGCAAAGAGAGGAGCAAGGUUAAUCAUAGCAUGUGAAAAUAAACCUCUUGGUACCAAAGCUUUAGAAACAAUAAUAAAAACGACAGGAAAUAAAAAUGUGAUUUUUAAGUUAUUGGAUCUUGCUUCAUUGAAAUCCGUGCGAUCAUUUGCUGAUGAUGUUUUAAAAAACGAGGAACGUUUGGAUAUUUUAAUAAAUAAUGCGGCAGUCUUAAUGCGUGGAAAUGAAAUGACUUCAGAUGGAUUUCAGUUAGAAAUGCAAAUUAAUUACAUUAGUCCAGUAUUACUUACCUUACUGUUAAUUGACAUGCUGAAGAAAUCAUCGCCAAGCAGGAUAAUAAACGUUGCAUCCAUAGCAGCAAAAUAUGCGAAAAACUUUACCCCAGAGACCAUAAAUUCAUACACGGAUCAUAUAAGUUCGUAUGCCAAUUCUAAAUUAGGAAACAUAUUGUUUACGCAAGAACUAGGAAAAAAAUUAAAAGAUUCUAAUAUUAGUGUUUUUUCUUUGCACCCAGGAAUAACUAAUACUGGUAUAGCAAUUAAAAAUUUCAAUCCAAUUUUUAGAGUCUGUGCAGCAAUUUUUUCACGAGUUUUCUUUAUGUCUCCAGAGGAAGGUGCUCAAACAACGCUAUAUACAGCCCUCGAACAAGGAAUCGAACGUUUUUCUGGGUGCUUCUUUGAGCAAUGCAAGGUUGCUAAACCAUACAAAACUGCAACAAAUCCCGCUUUAGCUAAACAAAUUUGGGAUGUAACACUUAACCUUCUUAAAUAUGAUGAAGAUAAAAUUAGAUGAGUGUUAAAUAA